CCAGGUCCAGCGCCUCUUGAGCUGCUCCAGGGAUGGGGGCUCCACCCCCUCCCUGGGCAGCCCUUUCCAAAGCCUGACCACACCAAACGAUGGUAAUCUUCGAAUCUCCCCUGUCUCAGCUUGAGGCCACUUCCCCAUGUCCUCUGUUAGCCCAGCAGAACAGCCAGAUCCCCACCUCACUACAACAUUUCAGGAAAAGAGUUAUGCAGAGAAUGUGUGAGCAGAUAAUAGACUAAUUCAAACCUUCAGACCAGAUGUCUUCAGAAUCAUACUAUCACUCAAAUUAAAGCAUAAACAAACAUUUGGGACUGACGUAGCUCCUUCAAAUAGGCAAAUGCCUCGGUCAGGGUGGCUCAUUUUGGAACAGACUGAGAGAAAGCAGAAUCAAAAUGAAGACGUUUCUUGUGUUUGUCUCCUUUUUGGUCCUGCUGACCACUGUUACAGACACUUCACCAAUUUUGUCUGAUAAAGAUGCCAAACAGAUGCUGAGGACUCGUCGUGAAGACAGACCAAGAAAAGCUGGUUUCCCUGAUGAGCCAAUGAGGGAGUAUAUGCUUUACCUCCAGCGCUUGGAGCAGAGAUCAGAAGAACAAUUCCUUGAACACUGGCUGAAUCCUCAUUGCCUCCCACACUGCAACAGGGAUCUGGUGCAUCCAAUCUAAUGGGUUUACCUACCCUGCAGCUGAUCUCUACAUGGAUUUAUACGUGAUUGUGUUAAGGAGGACAAGAUUAUUCCUGCAUUGGCCACGUGCUCAUUGUAGAGCAGAACCUCUCUGCAGUACAGUGCAAUCCUCAUGUCCAGCAGAACUUCCAGCUCUAAGUGGCUUGAUGAGUUAUAGACCACCAUGUAUUUUCUACCAGCAAUGAUUGCAUGCAUGAAUAACUGAAUUGAGGGUUUCCACAGUUUCUGAGCUAUGGACAACGUAUUAGUCCUAGAGAUCCUUUCAAGGGCACAGGUUUAGACUGUCUGAAGCAAAAGGAACUUGGAGGGAGAGGUCAAUAGAAAAUUGCAGAAUACCAACAUGAAGAGAAGGCCAGCUUUCUGGGCUUUGGAGGAAUCCUUAUUUACAGUUUUCUAGGUUAAAUAACAAUAUUUCACGAAGACACAACAUUUAUGUAACACUAUGUCUUACUGCCUGAUGAGUAUUUCAUGUAUUGUUUCAUAAUAAA